GAGUUUCAACUUCAUAAAAAUGCAUACUAAGACAAAUCCUGUUAUCCUAGCAAUUUUUGAGUUUAUAGGAGAUAUACUUAAAAUUCAUUCCUAUUUUCAGGCCUUUGUACUCCCAUUAUGUCAGUUUUUCUCCAGAUUUCUUGCGCUAAGACGUUGAUAGGUAUGAUAAUAACCAAUGCAUUCCAGUGCAGGUCAAUAAGCGAUAUUUUAAGAGGAGGACCAACUCACCAUCCCUGACAUAAAUAUACACUAACAAGCACCACUUUCUCACCACCCAUUUAGAGACAGGAUCUUUAACAAAGUUAACACCCACUUAAAGGACAACUAUUGCCAAAUGCUUAUAACCUUAAUAAUUGACAGCGGUGUACCCGGCUUACACAAACUCUUGUUUAUUUAAAGGCACGUUUUGAGCAACUUUGUAGUCUGGGCUAUGCUGUGCGAAAUUACAUAUAUGGGGCUUUUUUAACAAAAACAGCCGUAACGGGUUAAGCAAAUAGAAAAAGUACGGACAUCAAUUAUACUGAACUUGAAACCUAAUGUUAAAACGUGCAUCACGUAGAAAAAAUGGCAAUUUUCAUCAGAGUAAACGCAACUACUUAAGAGAAAGUAAAGGCAAGGAACAAGCUGUUCUUGAAGGACAAUACAUAGAAAUUACAGUCCCGACUCUCCAACCAAAUAAAUUAUCACCACUACAAGAGUUGUUUAUCUUAUAGUUUAUUAACAAACUGAAACUUAAGGGCUUAUAAUUUACACAACUCAAUAUACCCUUCACUGAACUAAUGCCUCAACGAGAGCGUCGCUCGUAAUGUGAUGUCAUUGUCAGCGUCGCAGAUUUUGCAGAGCGCGCGGGGAAUUGCUUUACACUCGUCUCCAUGGCGGCGGAAUGGUACUUAGGUUCCUUUUGAAUAACUAGAGGGACAUGCAUGAAGUUGGGACAAACUACAUUUUACAUCCUAACAUUGGGGUGCAGUUCAGUGCUGGAUUAUUCCUUUACUUCAAAAUACCUUGAAGAAUGGCAGUACCAUUCGUGGAAGACUGGGAUCUUGUGCAGACUCUGGGAGAGGGGGCAUAUGGAGAAGUGCAGCUUGCUGUGAAUCGGCAAACAGAGGAGGCGGUUGCUGUAAAGAUUGUGGACAUGAGGCGAGCUACAGAGUGUCCUGAGAACAUCAGGAAAGAAAUCUGCAUUAACAAAAUGCUAAACCAUGUAAACAUUGUGCGGUUUUAUGGGUAUCGCAGAGAAGGUUCCAUCCAGUAUCUCUUUCUGGAGUACUGCAGUGGAGGAGAGCUCUUUGACAGAAUAGAACCAGAUGUGGGAAUGCCUGAAGCAGAUGCCCAGCGGUACUUCCAGCACCUUAUUGCAGGAGUGGAGUACUUGCAUGGUAUAGGGAUAACCCACAGGGACAUCAAACCUGAGAACCUCCUGCUGGAUGACAAAGAUAAUCUGAAAAUCUCUGACUUUGGCCUGGCAACUGUUUUCAGACAUAGUGGGAGAGAACGUUUGCUGAACAAGAUGUGUGGAACUCUUCCAUAUGUUGCACCAGAACUGUUGAAGGCAAAGGAGUUCCAUGCUGAACCUGUUGAUGUCUGGUCUUGUGGAAUUGUUUUAACAGCCAUGCUAGCAGGAGAGCUGCCUUGGGACCAACCCACUGAGAGCUGCCACGAGUACAGUGAUUGGUUAGAGAAGAAGUCCUUCCUGACACCAUGGAAGAAGAUCGAUACAUUGCCUCUGGGUCUCCUCAGUAAAAUUUUGAUGGAAAAUCCAAAAAAGCGAAUUAGUAUACCAGACAUCAAAAAAGAUAGGUGGUACACUAGGCUGCUUAAGAAAGGUGUGAAACGAAUUCGAGCAUUAUCAGGUGGACCCAGUGACUCUCCAGGCACGUUCUCUAAGCAGAUCCGGUCUGAUAUGGACCUCUCUCCAAUGGCAAGUGCCUAUAGUGAAGAGAGGAUAAAGUACUCCAGUUCACAACCAGAGCCUCGGACUGCUUUUUCAUCUUGGGAGAGUAGUCAUUCUUGUAUUGAUAAACUGGUGCAAGGGAUUAGCUUCUCGCAGCCAGCUUGUCCAGAUCACAUGCUUCUUAGUAGCCAGCUGCUAGGCACACCGGGGUCCUCACAGAAUCCCUGGCAGCGUUUGGUAAAGAGGAUGACUCGUUUCUUCACCAAAGUGGAUGCAGUUCGUACUUACAGUGCUUUGAAAGAUGUCUGUGAAGCAAUGGGGUAUACCUGGAAGAAGAGUUGUAUAAAUCAGGUAACUGUAUCAACCACAGACCGACGAAACAAUCAACUUGUUUUCAAGGUGAACUUGUUGGAAAUGGAUGACAAAAUUUUGGUGGACUUCAGACUCUCAAAGGGAGAUGGCCUGGAGUUCAAGAGAUAUUUCCUAAAAAUCAAGGGGAAAUUAAAUGAUAUUAUAAGUACACAGAAGGUCCAGCUUCCCGUCAUAUGACUUAGAAGAUUCUAGAAUGCUGCUUGAUAACUUGAAGGUAAUUGAGGACUGAAGCGUAAUCUUGCCAUAAGGAUUCCACGUGGCCUGCCAGUGAAACGGUUUCAGCUUGGCAUCCUUUGCACUGACCAAUGAGAACCGGCAAAUUGUGUGGAGAACUCCUUUUAGCACCUACAGAAUUGCAUAACCCAAUCUUGUAUCUCCAGCCUCACUACAGUAUACUUUAUGGAAGUUGAGAGAUGAGGGUACUGGGUAUUCUGCUGGUGUCUCUGCAGGCUGUUAGAUGCACAACUAACACUUUUAAUUUGUGAUAUCACUGGUUUUGUUUAUAAGCUGCACUGUUUGAGCUGUAGGAGAUAAUGAAAGCAUUAUAAUUGUCUCCUUAAGGAUGCUUCUUAUUGAACAUGUAACAACAGAAUCCAGAAUGGAAUAAAUUCAUUAUAUUACAAGGAAGUUUAUUGCCAGCACACACUCCAAAUCACCUGACAAAAAGGUUCAGGAAAAUGGAUGUGUACUGUGUUUGGUCUGUUGCUUCUUUUUGACACCCCUGGCAGUGUCAUAGGCUGGGUGUGAACUCAUGCAGAGGCAUUGUUUUUGGAGCACUUCAGUGUGAGAGACAUUGAUGGCACUGAGAAGUAUUCAGGAAUCAGUAGUUCGAGAGUAAAUGUGUCUUUAAAUGUGUCUGUCAAUUCAUGCUAUUUCUGUCCCUGUUUAUUCUACAUUUUUGUUUAGGGGAAGGCAACAUUUUUACCUUUAAGAAUAAACUGCUUUAUUAGGAAUGUAAGAAUGUGGUAUUUGUUUCUAGACCCUCAAAACUAGAGACAUCUCUCAGAAUAUUGCAGCCUGGAAAGCUGUUGCCUUCUAAGUAAUGGACAAGCCUGAUCUGAUGGCAAAGCAGUUGUAGACUGAUGGUACUGUCUACUUGCUCAGUUGCUGUAGAUUUCUAUCCCAUAAAAAUCUGUUUUCUAAUUUGCAGUUGGGGUGGAGGAAAUACCAAAGUUCCUUCUUUUAUGGUCCCCCCACGUGUUGCAUUUUUUGUUUCUUGCAACUUUUUUUUUUUUAUCCCUUAGUAUUGUAUUGUUUUUUGUGUGUGUAGGACUGAAACCACAUUCUACCUAAUCAUGAUCACAUUUUUUGGGUGAAGUAAAAUUAGUGCACAUCAGUUUACAAUACUGUGAAUAAAAUAAAACAGUUUUUGUUUAGAAA